UUGAAGGGCGUUUCAGGAUCCCGAGCCAGAUAUUUGGCAGCUCAACUGUUAACUUUCUGUGGUUUUUCCUCCCUGGGAUCCAUGUGACGUCACCAGUGUAAUUUGAGUCGGGAGCUUUGUUCACACUUUAAAUAGCAGCCUAGGGACGGUUUUACCACAGACUCCUGGAAGUGCCCAAGCUGAGCCCGGGAAGACUCACAUCGAUGAAAGCAAAGCGAAGCCACCAGGCCACCAGCAUGUCUUCGUCUCUUCGAGUAAGCCCGUCCAUCCACGGCUACCACUUUGACACGGCCUCUCGCAAGAAAGCUGUGGGCAACAUCUUUGAAAACAUAGACCAGCAGUCCCUGCAAAGGCUCUUCAGGAACUCCGGAGACAAGAAGGCAGAGGAGCGGGCCAAGAUCAUUCUUGCCAUCGACCAAGACUUGGAGGAGAAAACACGAGCCCUGAUGGCCCUGAAGAAGAGGACAAAAGACAAGCUUCUCCAGUUUCUAAGACUGCGGAAGUACUCCAUCAAGGUGCACUGAGCAUAGCAGGAUGGGCCAGGAGCUUUUCCACCAAUGGACCUUUAAAGACAGACCCAGAGAGCCUGCCAGCCCGGCCAGGGCAGCGACCCGCACAUAGGCUUGAGUGCUUCUUCCAAGGACCCGAGGAUGGAAAGGGACAGAGCACACCAGCUACAAAGACUCCAACUCAUUGCAGCCCUGAGCUGUCACACUGAGAGCAAAGUGCCUUCAGUCGACUUUGAGAACUGACACUGACACAGAACAGGAGGAUGGAGGAUGGAGGCACGGGACAGAACAUGACAGACCGAGCCUGAGGGCACCCAGGGUCACUGGCAAGGCCCUAAGACUAAACGAAAACCUACUUGGUUUUUGUUGUUGCUGUUGUUUGGUUUGUUAAUUUUGUUUCCCUUUCCGGAAAAAAAAGUGUCAAAGUUAGUAGGGAGAGGGAGGAAGGAGGAGGAAUGUCAAACAUAAAUGGUUUACCGAGAUUUUAGAAUUCUGAAUGUUUUAAAUGUGGCUAAACCUCAAUGCUGUUUAUCGGUCAAGAUUUUUAGAGAUCAGUAAUUGACUGCUUGUGUUAAAGUCAGGGAGCUGGGUGCUUUGCCCAGUCCUGGAAAACCCACACCACUGUCUACAUGUUUCUAGAGGAUUUGUUAUGUUACAAAUAGAUUUGCACAAAGUUGAAAUAAUGGGGCUCUUCAUAAAUCUGAAGUACUGUGAACAAUUUUGUAAUGUUUUUUUACGCUCUGACUAAUGCUAAAAACUGAAUCAAAUUAAAUGUCCUAGAGAUACUGCAGCAAGCAUUAGGGAGUGAGAAUAGGAGAUUUUUAGAAGGAUGUUGUGGUCUUUAUAAUUUAUUAUACAUUGUAAGUGAUACGCAGCCCCAAUAAAUUAUUAUCAACUUA